UACAAACACAGGCUAACAAGGGAAUGGGAAACAGAGUGACGACUGCUGUCCUUCCUCCUGCACUUCUCCACAGCUGGUGCUAGCAGUCUCAGCAUCUGGACUGUGAGGACUUAAUACUAGUUGUUGUUGCUGCAGUGCAGCUGCAGCAGCAGUCCCGACAGCUAAGAUGUCGAUUAAUUUCUUUUUGCUCUUUUUGGUCCAUCUAUAUCAACCACACUAAACUCUGUUCUGCAAGGUGCCCGAGUGCACAGGGAAGGUAUGGGAGGGGUCGGAUACAUUACGAGAUUUGACUCCAGUGUUGGUAGUGAAACACGGGCUGCUUUCAGUGCUUUUAGUGUGUGGCUGUGUGGCAGCCCUACAAGCCAGCCAUAGCCUGUAUAAUUAUAUUGAUCCAUUGGCAGACAAGUGCCAAAGAUCCUGUUAGGGGUUUACAUGCACUAGAAAACACACUGCUGUGCAUGUUACAUGUUUAUAACCACUAUAGCCCGUUAACGUCGGUUUCAUCUCUACAUCUCAUUUAAAAGCAACAGCUGACCAAAACUCUUAAGUUAGUGAAUGAACAAGAGAAAACCAUAGAAGAAUAAAUACAAUGAAAUAAGGCAUAAGAAAAAGCAACAACAAUGACAACAAAAACUCUCUUCAAUCUGUGUCUAAUUCUCUACUUCGUUUGCUCCAGGAAUGGCCUUCCAGCAUUCAACCACCCAGGUGGUAGUCACCACCACUGCAAUGAGUCAGCAGUCUGGGCAAUGGAGCACUGGCAUCUGUGACUGCUGCUCUGAUAUGAACUCCUGUUGCUUCGGAUAUUGGUGUUUCCCCUGCAUGCAGUGUGACACAGCCAGUAAACAUGGAUGGUGCUGCGCAAUGCCACUCCUGGACUUUUGCUGUGUGGUGUCCUGCUUACUUCGCAAUUCUGUCAGAGAGCGCUACAACAUCCCUGGCUCGUGCUGUGAUGACUGCUGCAAAAUAUUUUGGUGUUAUCACUGUGUCUGGUGCCAGAUGCAUCGUGAGCUGAAGAUCAGGGAAAACCAAUACCCUGCUGCCUCGACGGUGGUCACAACCCAGGUCAUCCGUGGAUAAGAUGCAACCAUUUUUGCUGUGGGUUGAGUGAAACUGACAAAGAUAAUUUAAAAAAAUGUAUAUGUUUUACAGCGAUGAAACACAUAUGAAAAUAUUACUUCUGUUUCUGCAGCAUGAAGUGAAAUCUGAAAAUGUAGCCUGGCAUGUGAUCUGCAUUCUUUUUUAUAGCAUUUCAUAGCUCAGUGCUGAUGCUCGUUUGGUUCACUGCUCUGCAAUAGAUAGUUGUUUCAUAUAAUCUAAGCAAGUUUUUAUAGCUUUAGAUUAUAUGUUUAAAUCAGAUGUUUUGAGUUUUGUCAGCAUACUGCAUAUAUCAUCAGGAAAGAUUUUACCCAGGUCGAUAAAAUCUGUAUCAUUUAACAUACUCACACUUAUAAUAACUUUGUCCAAGUUGAGUUUCACCUGUGCUAAAAUAAAAAGUAUUCACAUUCACCUACUA